AUGGAUCCAAACCGCCAGGUUCCUGUGCCCAUGACUAGUAAAGACAGAACUAGCUUUAUUGGUUUAUGGUUGUAUUCACUUUCAGUGACCACAGUUAGGGGUCAGGGUGACUCAGUGUGUCCAGUCAACAGCGCCAUGGGGUUAUGCACCGAGCUGGCUAAAACAUGCUUCAGUGACAGCGAUUGCUACAGUGGAGAAAUUUGCUGCCCUGAAGCAUGCAGCCGCACGUGCAAGUCUCGACAUGCGACCAAACAGUCGAGCGAAGGUUCGAUCCCAGAUCUUCUGAAUGACCCAAGAGUUUAUGUUGGAAAAUGUCCCGAUGCUAGUUGCUACUCCAUGUUUGGUGGGGACCCUAACGAGUGCAGUACAUCCAAGCUGUGUCCUGGGGGGCAAUAUUGCUGCAACGACGGCUGUAAGAACGUGUGCCUGUGGAAGCCAGAGUACGCCUCAGCGAUUGCCCAGGAACAGGCACGGGCCAGGCAACACCAGCAGAUGCUUAUUCAGAAACAACAAGUGGAGAUGAGACGAAAACAACAGGAGAUGUACAUUCAGAGGCAGCGACAACUGGUCAGUUUGGAGCAAGCCAGACAGCGGGCUGAAGCUAGGGCAGCUGCGGAGGUAGAACUGCUGGCACAGCAGAAACGAGCUUCAUUUGAAGCAAAUUUGAGGGCAGCCGCAGCAAAUCAGGUCAAGAUAUCAUCUAAACAACUUGGACAAACGGUGGCACAGCUUAAUACCGGCAAUCAGCAAACAUCAAACCAGCUGUCUCUCCAAUCUAGUCCUGCAAAAAAUGACUUUCUGAGCAACUUUGAGAAUAAACCACAGACAAACAACACAGGAAUCAACCUCAGUGGUAGCAGCUUGGCUCCGCAACAGACAGCAUCAACGGCUAUCGCCAAAAAUUCAACUCCAUUGAAGAAAGAUAACCUGCCCGUGUCAUUUUCUAAUCAUAUUAACUCCCCUGCUAGUCUAAAUCCUCAUAAUAAUUUUCGAUCACAACAAAACGUGGGAAACAAAGACAUGCAAGAACCGUUGACAAUAAGCCAGUCUGUUGGGUUUACUUCUGAAGUUCAAGUCCCCAAGACUAUGACAGUAUCUGGUUCUGUAAAUCCAGUAUUGACAUAUCUCCAAAGCCUUCCUGGCGCGAAACUAGCGAACACAAAUUUACUGCGACAAGCCUCUUCGCUUAGAGCAUUUCCCACGAAUUUGUUACAGCACUCCUCUUCACUUAACUCAGUUCCAGGCGCUUACUCAGGUUCCUCAAAUUCUAUUUCCACUUUCAUAAAUAGACAUUUCCCACAGCAAUCGCAAAAUAAUGUUAAUAACCAAAUGCCUGUUCAAUCACAAUCGCGGGUGGUCCAACAAAUUCCUGCAGUCAAUGCUGCCAGAAACCAGUCACCAGCAUUCAUCAACCGACAGCAGCCUUUUGUAACUUCUAAUCAAAAUCAGUCUCCAGGCUACCCGAGGCCAAAUCCUUAUCAGGGUCUGGGACAGAGGAUGUCAUAUCUAGCUCAAACUCCUGAUCGAGUUAAUCAGAGGAAGCUCUCGCUGCCUGUUGCAUAUAGGGCAGCGGGUCAAAGGCAGCAGCAACCACAGCAGUCAGCUGGUUCUCUCUCAGGAAGAGGUUACCAGAGUGACAAUAUGAACACGUAUCUAAUGUUUGACAUGAUGCAGACGGCAGUGUAA